GUUUUUUUUUUUGAUUUCAUUUGUUUACACCUGGCAACGUGGUCAAAAAUAUUUUUUUAAUUGUGAAUAAUCAAAUAAACAAAAAAAAAUGUCCGAUCAAGAAUUAAGUCAACUUUUACUUGAAAAAUUAAAUCUACUACAAUCACCAGUGGUGAAGAUAAAUUCAUUGGAUUUUGCACAGGAAAAUCAAUUGGAUCAUCAAAAAGUUGUUGGUGCCGUUAAAUCCUUACAAUCAUUGGGCGAAUUAAUCAAGGCUAAUCAGGUGGAAUCAAAACGUUUUGAAUUAUCCAAUGAAGGUGGUCAAAUUGUUGAGAAUGGUAGUCACGAAUUUCGUGUAUGGUCAACAAUACCAAUGGACGGUUCAAUAUUACAAUCUGAUCUAAUGAAAUCAAUACCGGAUUCGAACGUUGCGAGAUUAGGUUUUGCUAAAGCCAUGUCAAACAAAUGGAUUACGUUGGAUAAGUCAUCGGGCAAACCAAUGGUUAAACGAAAUGCUUCAAAUGUUAAGGAUGAAAUUCGUGUUUUACUCAAACUUGUGCAAAGUGGUGCCGCUACCAAGCUAAAUGACGCGCAACGAAAUGAUCUGAAAAAACGUAAAUUAAUCCAGGAAAUUGUGGAAAAAAGUUAUGAUGUACAUCGUGGUUCAAAUUUUCAAACGACCAUUGAAAAACCAGAAACAGAUUUGAAUGCAGAAAUGAUUGCGAAAGGUACAUGGCGAACGAAAACAUUCAAGGAAUAUAAUUUCAAUGCACUGGGCAUUGCACCGGAUCGUGGCCAUCUACAUCCAUUACUUAAAGUUCGUGAACAAUUUCGCCAGAUAUUUCUUGAGAUGGGUUUCGAAGAAAUGGCUACGAAUAAUUAUGUGGAAAGUUCAUUCUGGUGUUUCGAUACAUUGUUUGUACCGCAAAAACAUCCAGCGCGUGAUCUGCAGGAUACAUUCUAUCUUUCGGAUCCAGCCGAAUGUAAAGAUGUACCAUAUGACUAUAUGGAACGAGUUCGUGCCGUACAUGAAACCGGUGGUGAUUGUGGAUCAAUCGGUUAUCAAUAUGAAUGGAAAGAAUCGGAAACGCGGAAAAAUGUUCUUCGAACACAUACGACUGCCGUAUCUGCAAGAAUGCUUUAUAAAGCUGCUCAACAAUAUCAAAAUUCUGGUUCGAAAAAAUUUCGACCGAUCAAACUAUUCAGUAUUGAUCGUGUAUUUCGUAAUGAAACAUUGGAUGCCACACAUUUAGCUGAGUUCAAUCAGAUCGAAGGUGUUGUUGCCGAUCGUAAUCUUACACUUGGUCAUCUAAUGGGUAUGACGAAAGCUUUUUUCGAAAAAUUAGGCAUACACGAUAUUCGAUUCAAACCAACAUAUAACCCAUAUACGGAACCCUCAAUGGAAAUGUAUAGCUGGCAUUCAGGUCUAGGAAAAUGGGUUGAAAUAGGUAAUUCUGGCUUAUUUCGACCUGAAAUGCUUAAACCAAUGGGAUUACCAGAAGAUAUUAAUGUAUUGGGCUGGGGAUUAUCAUUGGAACGACCAACAAUGAUAAAAUAUGGUAUCUCAAAUAUUCGUGAUUUAGUUGGACAUAAAAUUGAUUUACAAAUGGUUUAUGGAAAUCCUGUCUGCAUCUUGGAGCCAAGACAACAGCAACAAAACCAGUAGGAGCAACCUUAUCAUCAUGAUCUUUAAUGGGGGUUUUAACAUUGUGAUUUAAAGAAAACUAAUUGAUUAAAAUUUAUCUUUCUCUUGUCGA